AGAAAAAAUACUUCGAGAAUAGCAAAGAUUACGAGAUUUUGGUCUUCGACAAUCGCGGAGUGGGGCAAAGCAGCGCACCAGCGGGACGAUACACCACCACUAUGAUGGCUCAGGACACCGUGGGUCUGCUGGAUGGCCUAGGCUGGGGCAAGGUGCAUGUCUGUGGUAUCAGCAUGGGUGGUAUGAUUUCACAAGAGCUUGCUCUUCUGCUAGGGGAGGAACGGUGUCUUUCUCUCACGCUUCUGGCCACACAUGCCGGGGGCUGGUUAAACAAAUUUCCGCCGAUCAAAGGCGCUAAACACUUCCUCAAGGCCUUGACGUUCGACUCCAAGACAGACACUGAAGAUGUGGUGGAAAACGCCAUCCAGAUGUUGUACGGUUCGAACACACUGAACGACCCCGUGUCUAUGGAACUGGCGAGAGAAUAUCACACUCGUAUGAUCCAGAUCAAGAAGGACUUCCCCAUUACGAGAAACGGCAUGACGGGACAGAUGGCCGCUGUUGCUUCGCACGGCGUGACUGCCGAUCGACUCAGAAAAAUCGGGGCGAUGAAAUUCAAAAAAUUAGUAGUUGUCGGAACUGAAGACAACCUUGUUCGCCAUACCAAUUCCAAAUACAUUGCCGAUCACAUCGGGGCCACAUACGUUGAGGUUCAAGGCCACGGCCAUGUGAUAACAAUCAGUUACCGAGAUGAGCUCAAUCCCCUGCUGGACGAGCUUUGGGGCGGCAAGGGUCGAUUUGCCGACACUCCUUAACUAGUACUAGCUGUCCUACAAAGCGUUAGCAAACGGACUAAAACUAGCGCUGCAGUAAAGAACUUGAUACAUUUGGGAAACCAGUCAGUUUUACAAUCACACUAUCUAAUACUAGCUGUACUACGAAGUGUUAGCAAAUGGAAAAUAAAAAGCU